AUGCACGUAGAUUACUCUGUAUAUCUGGUGACUGACAACACUCCUGCCAUCCUCGGCGACCAGGAUCUUGUCGAAGUCGUUCGUGCUGCCGUAGAAGGAGGCGUCACUAUUGUUCAACUGCGUGACAAGACCAGCGACACUGCCGAGCAGAUUCGCAUUGCAAAGGCUCUUCAUGAUAUAACCAAGCCCGCCAACGUCCCGCUCCUCAUUAAUGAUAGGGUAGACGUAGCUCUGGCUGCUGGUGUUGAGGGAGUCCACAUUGGCCAAGAUGACAUCGACCUCGCAUCUGCUCGCAGACUACUCGGAAAGGACGCCAUCAUCGGUGUGACUGCAAACUCUCUAGAGGAAGCCGAGAUUGCCGCCAAAGGAGGAGCCGACUACCUGGGCGUGGGAACUGUCUUUGCUACUCCCACGAAGGAAAAUACAAAGUCUAUUAUCGGAACCUCUGGAGUCCAGCACAUUCUUUCAGCUCUGGCUCAGUCCACACCCGAGAUCAAGACAGUCUGUAUCGGUGGCAUCAAUGCGAAGAACUGCCAGCGUGUGCUCUACCAGACUGCGGCAGCCGAGAAGAGUCUUGAUGGUGUUGCCGUCGUCAGUGCCAUCAUGGCUGCCAAAGACCCGAAGAAGGCAGCCUCUGAUCUGCGCGAACUUGUUGCGAGUCCUCCUCCUUUCGCUACUUCGAUAUCUGCUCCAGCACUCUCUCACGAGGACAUUGUGCGUAGGAUUCCCGAGCUUGUCAAGCGUCUGGCCAGCAAGAAGCCUCUUUGCCACAACAUGACCAACCUGGUUGUGCAGAACUUUGCUGCAAAUGUCGCUCUGGCCGUCGGCUCGAGCCCCAUCAUGUCGAACAACAGCAUGGAAGCCAACGAUCUUGCGUCUUUUGGCGGUAGUCUUGUUAUCAACAUGGGCACCACCACCCCAGAGAUGCGUGCUCACCACUUGAACACCAUCGCAGCUUACAACAGUGUUGGCGGACCUAUCUUGCUCGACCCUGUCGGUGCAGGAGCUACUCAACAGCGUCGUGAAGGUGUUGCAGCACUGAUGCGUGGUGGCUACUUCGACGUUAUCAAGGGCAACGAGGGCGAAAUUCGCACUGUAUCUGGGGCCACUGGCUUCAAGCAACAUGGCGUGGACAGUGGUGCUUCCACCUUGAAUCUCGAUGACCGCGUCGAACUUGUCAAAUCUGUUGCAGCAAAGGAGCGUAACGUGGUCCUAAUGACUGGUGAGGUAGAUGUCAUUUCUGAUGGAAAACGCACUUUCAAGAUCGGCAAUGGACACUCAUACCUGGGCGAGAUAACCGGAAGCGGCUGCACAUUGGGCACGACGAUUGCAAGUAUGCUGGCUAUCGAGAGAGAAGACAAACUGCUCGCCGCUGUCACAGGUAUCUUGAUGUAUGAGAUCGCUGCUGAGAGGGCUGCGAAGAUGGACUCUGUCAGAGGCCCUGGCACCUUCGUCCCGGCUUUCAUCGAUGAGUUGUACGCAAUCCGCCAGGAAAGCGCAGCAGGGAACGGAGAGUGGGCCAAGGCAGCAAAGAUCGAAAGUGCUGAUAGCUGA